CUAACUUACGUCAGUUGACAUUCUGCAUCCGAGCACUCGUAUCUGCCUGGUUAUACGGGCCACGAGCAUCCCUUGUCCAUGCUUUUAUUAUCGGUUGUCAAAAUUGUCGUUCUUACUGUCAUAUUAUAAAUUUACAAAAUUAUAUUGUUUUUUUCUUUCUUUCGCCUACUGUCAAAAUAGAACGUGCCGCGAUCUUGUGCCGAAGAAUGUGAUCUACAGUGAACAUUAAUGAGAUCGUUAUUAAGAGAUCAAUCUCAUCGGCUUGUAAGAUCUGGAUUCUGAUACUGUGAAUCGUGAAUAUCGAUUACCCGCUGUAUGAAAUAUUGAUCGAGAUCGUGAUUUAUUUAGAAGGGCUCAUUCGGAGUGACACGUGGAGUGAACAUUACGUGGGUAUGAACCCGUAGACGUUUUUUGAUGUGACUGACUUCAAGAUCGGUUUGAAGUAGAACACAGUGUAUAUCGUCUCUUGAUCUUAUUGUAAUAUUCUAAUGUGUACGUGAAACUCGCAGUAAAAUUUCAUAGGCAGAGAUGCAAUCAGCUCGAUUAAAGAUCAUCGAUCUUUUGAGGAUUCUCAUAAAGUGCAUCCUGGUAGGAAUAUAAAAGCUUGUUGAUAAUAAAAUAGAAAUAAUUAAAAAAUUGACAAAUCCGUAACGAGUUUACGCGAAUUAGCUAAUUCGGGAGUGCGGAGAUACAGUGUGAUGUUCCCUUCGUCGGCAGCGAUGCUGAAGAAUCUGCAACAGAGCGCGAUGACGACGUCACCGUUCCUGAUGGAGAACCUGCUGCAGAGCAAAGCGCCCGGCGGCAACCUGGCAAGCCUCACGCUCAAUCUAGCCAGUUACGUGGCUCGUCAGCGCGAAAGAAUAGAGUCCGAGAAUAUACGAAUGGAAAGAGAUCAGGAUUACGAGAGAAACGGUAGGACACCAGUCAGCGACAGAUCGUACGAUCCUGAGCGGGAUCAACGUUCGGAUAGAAUGGUCAGUGAUAGGGAUAGGAUCCUCAUGGACCGAAUGGCGGCUAUGCAGGAUUCGCGGGAUCGUCUCGAGGAUAAGGAUCCCGAUAGGAAUCUGGGUACGAUGGACUUGGAUAACGAGAGGACCGAUACCCCGGCGUCCGCCGGAAUUGACAGGCUGAGUAACGUCAUGGAGAGACUGGCUGAGAGAAUCGAGAACAGAUCUAGCUCCGCUAUGGAUUCAAAUAAUUCCAUGGACGAGGACAGGAUAUCCGGUGAGACCGACGCCAGUAUCCAGGAUCGAGACCGGAUCGACGUCCUGCGAAGUGAACGGGAUCGCAUUUCCAUACCGUUGAUCGAGAGAAGAUUUGACAUUGGGAGAAUACACGGAACCGAUGAGAUGAGGAUCCACACGGACCGGGAUGCUGAUCGCAUCGACAGGAUAGGCGAGGAAACGUGUACCUGCGGCGAUGAUCGGUGUACGGGACCAGGGUGCAGAAGAAUCCAGGAGAAGGAGAAGCCGCAAUUGAAAUUCAGCGUGAACGCCAUCCUAGGAGGAAAUCACGACAGGAGGCCAAAUCCUGAGAGCUUCCAAGGCCUUCCGCCAGGUGCGAUACCGGCGUUUCUUCACAACCUACAAAAUUCCGCAGGAUAUAACAUAGCCAAACCGAUAGCAAGACCAGCCGCCUAUCACCCACAUCAUCCUCCGCACCCAGGACAUCAUCCAGCUCAACAUCAUCUACCGCCAAACGCUCAUCAUGCGUUGCAUCAGCUCCUGGCAUGUAGAGGACCUUAUCUCACUGUGGCGACGCCUGGUACCGGAAGUCAUCAUCCCGGUGCACCUGGGGGCGGAGCAGGAUUCCCCGGCGCGAUGCAGGGUGGUCUUAACGACUUGGCUGGUAUGAGUCUUGGAUUUCCUUGGGCGGGAAGCGCACGGGGUAAGCCACGUAGAGGGAUGAUGAGGAGGGCUGUGUUUUCGGAUCUUCAAAGACGCGGCCUCGAGAAGAGGUUCCAGAUUCAGAAAUACAUCAGCAAACCCGAUCGUAAGAAAUUAGCGGAGAAACUUGGACUUAAGGAUUCUCAGGUGAAAAUAUGGUUUCAAAAUCGACGUAUGAAAUGGCGAAACAGUAAGGAACGUGAAUUACUGGCUAACGGUGGAUCAAGGGAGCAGACAUUGCCUAACAAGAAUAAUCCUAAUCCAGAUUUGAGCGAUGCUGACGGCGACAGGCCCAGAUUGGAUCUAAGUGACGUCAGUCCAUUAACGAGUCCUCAGAGACCAGAAGAGCAUACGGAUAAUGAGGAGGACGAAGAAAUUAAUGUUACGUGAUGAAUUAUUGUAGGGAUAGAAUGUGUAUUGGGUGCGAACGAUGGUCAGGGAAAUUAUGCGAUCUCAUUCGUAAACCUACCUUGAGCCUCAAAGACAGCAGAUGGAUGCCAGGGAUUUGGUUUAUACUUGAGGAAUUGGAUAUUGGGUGUCCCUUUCGAGUGAUAGGGAGGAGCGUAGCCAUUUUGGAGAACGCGAUUGCGUUUUCAUUAAUAUUUAUUACCUUUCGAGCUUUAAUUACUUGGUCAGGGACACUUCGCUGGUAAUUCGAUUGAUGAGCUCAAAGGCACCUGGUACAGCAGCUGGUACUCUGUGAAUUAUUUGUCACGGAGAAUCAUACGUAUUACGUUAAGAAACACCAAAGUAAAGUAUUCAUAUAUUUCAAUUAACGAGGGAUGUAUUAUAUUGUAAUUAGAACUGAGUAUAUUCUAUUAGGUAUUACAAGGUUAUCGUGAGGUUGUAUUAGAUUAUUUUCAAAGUCGUAAAGUAUACAAGGUUGAGUUUAAAAUGCACGGCGGCA